CUUUCGAGUUUGGAGCAUCUUUGGCUUCGAGUCUCACCAUGGUCAAUAAGGAGACCAAUGUAAUUUGGUUGACUGAAAAAGACGUAGUCAAGGAAGAGCCAGUUUCACUAUUCUCCUCGGUAAAGAAUUCUUUACCAGUAGAAACCAUAUUCCUGUCAAACAUUGACCAAGCUCUAGUAUUUCCGGUGGAAACCAUCUUCUUCUUUGAGGAUCCUUCAAACGUUAAGAACCCUUCAAGUACACUUAAUGCUGCUGAAAGAGUUAAAGAAGCCGUACAAGUACUUUUGGGUCCAUAUUAUUUCAUGGCUGGGAGGCUAAACUUCAAUCAAGAAACCAAGAGAGUGGAGCUUUUAUGCAAUAAUGCUGGAGUCUUGUUUGUGAGUGCAACAUCUAAACUUACACUGAAAGAGCUUGGGGAUCUUUCGCAGCCAAAUCCAACAUUCCAUCAUUUGAUUCAUCGCCCUGGUCUAUAUAAAGGCCUUCUUGAAACAGCAAUAUUCACAAUCCAGGUGACAAGAUUUGGUUGUGGUGGUUUGUCGCUUGGAUUCACCACGAAUCAUGCUAUUCUUGAUGGAAAAUCAGCAAGUGAUAUGUUUCACAAUCUAGCUUCUAUAUGUAGAGGUGAAGGUCUGAAGGUAGAAGCAAUCAACAAUGAUAGAUCGUGCAUUCGAGCAAGAACUCCUCCGCAGAUCAGUUAUCCGCACAAUGAAUAUGUGAAGUUGGCUAAGACUUCAUCUCUUCCCUCAUCAUUCACCACACAGGACAGAAUACAUCCUUCUCCGCUUAUUUUCUCUGAUAUAUAUGUUCACAAGCUCUUCUCUUUUACUCCUGAUAUGUUAAUGUCACUCAAAGAAAAAGCCAUGACUAAAUGCUCAACUUUUGAAGCUAUUGUAGCUCAUAUUUGGAGAGCAAGAACAAAGGCAAUCUUUGAAAAGGAUGAAGACGAUGAGUUUUCAACUGUUCUCUUUGCUGUGGACAUUAGGCCCAAACUUUCACCACCAUUGCCAAAUGACUUUGCUGGAAAUGCAGUUGUCACAGCAUUUGCUACUGCAAAAGUGAAAGAUUUGGUUGAAAUGCCACUGCCCUUUGGUGUUGGGAAGAUAAAGGAAGCAAUAGAAAGGGUGACAAACGAUUAUAUAAGGUCUGUCAUAGAUUGGUUGGAGGUAAAUAAAGGUAUUCCUGCAAGAUGUGAUGGGAGCUUUUAUGUAUCAGCUUGGUGGAAAUUGCGUUUUAGAGAGCUUGAUUUUGGCUUUGGGAGGACUGUUCAUGGUGGUCCAAUUGUGAGUGGGAAUGAUGAGUUUGUCCUGCUUUUAUCUAAUGAAAGUAGUGGAGGAAAUGGCGAUGGGAUUAAUGUUUGGAUGGGCCUUGAAAAGGAGAUUAUGCAGAAGUUUGUGUCUUGUGUCUUUGAGAUUUAA